UGAUAAUUAUUGCUUCAGUUUUUGUUUUUCAGUGAGUAAAACAAUAUGUAUUUAAAAGUACUCUUUGUGAUUGUAUCAAUAUGUCUACAAUAUACUACAGCUCAACUAGUAUGCUACGCUUGCAGCUUUUCAUCAGUUGACACUGACAGGUCAUGCAUGACAAUAACUAAUAGCACUCCAGUCGUGAAUUGUAUACAUAAAUAUUGUACAAUAAUGAGACAGGAAUUUCGGGACCCAUCUGGAGUAAUUGCUAGUUUCACCCGUAGUUGUCUAAGUGAUCCCGAUUUUUUAAAUCAUGAGGUAGAGGAUCCAACUUUUAGAACGUUUUAUAGAGCUUGUACCAUCAACCGUUGUAAUAUAGGUGAUGGUAUACAGUCUGUCACGGGAAGCAAUUUAUCUCCAAGACCGGAAACAAAUGCUACUAAUUUACUAGUCCCCGGGACCGGAGGAUCUUUCAGUCUGAAAUCUAACUAUCUGGUGACGAUGCUCACUAUACUUGGAAUAUUUAUUAAUUUCCAAUAGUUAUGAAAGCGAAGAGCAAAAUUAUGUUUGUCUUUAUUUAGGUACAGGUCCAAUAAAUUAUUAUUUUAUAAAAUAA